CUCUCUCUCUCCUACUUUAGGGGCUGUGUUUCAUUUUGUUGUCAGAAGCAUGGCACUUUGUGGGGCUAAAAAGGAUGGAAGAGAACUGAAAAUUUACGAAAAUACAGAUGAACUAAGUACUGAUCUGGCAGACUAUAUUGCAGAAUUAUCAGAGAAUUCUGUGAAAGAACGUGGAGUGUUUGCCAUUGCUUUAUCUGUAAACUAUGUGAGGCUCCUUAUAACAAGACUGUUGAUUGGGCCAAGUGGUAUAUAUUUUGGGCUGAUGAACGCGUGGUGGCAAAGAGUCAUGCUGAUAGCAAUUAUAAGCUGGCAAAGGAUGGCAUUCUGUCCAAGGGUUAAUAUGAUCUACAACUUUUAUCCCUGCUACCUUGACAAGAGAAGAUGGAUAUAUGCCAGUGGAGAUGGGCCAAAAAAAAAAAAAGUAUUGUCAUCGCUUUAAUUUCUUGCGUAGAAUGUGACCCAAAAUUUUUGGGCACAUGUAAAGUAUCGGAUAUGGCACAGGUGGUAUUUUGGUUUUAGGAUGAUGUCAAACAUCUUGAAACAUUUAUGUUGCUGAAGGUGAAAAAUCUUGAGGAUUCUCAAUUAUUCUCAAUUAUAUUGCUAGGUGAAUAAUCUUGGCAAAUAUAUCCCAAACUAGGGCAAUGCAUGUCAUAUGUCCUAAUGGUUACUGGUGCAAGGAACACAUCUGCAACCCUCUUGUUUUGGUUUUGGGAAAUCAUAUUGAUUUCUUUUGAGGAAAUUUAUUCUUGUAGGGGAAACAAAUUCUUCCAAAUGUUGUUUAACUUUAAUUUGUUACUGCAACCUAAUAAGUCUCCCCUUUGUUCUUAUAAGGAGGGGCAAAAAAAACUUCCUGUUUGUUAUGGCAACAGUCACUUGAGUUUUCUUAUGAAUUGGCGUGCCAUGGGACAUAAAUGGAAAGAAACUGUCCCUGUUAUUCCAAGCCAUGUGCAUUCUAUCAAUGAUACUGUAUCAGCAGAAAAAGCUGCUGAGGACUACGAGUUUGUCAUCAGGCAGCUUGUGAGGACUCGUGUAAUCAAUGUUUCUGAUAUCUGUGACUGCCCAAAGUUUGAUCUGAUCCUUUUGGGGAUGGGUCCUGAUGGGCAUGUUGCGUCGCUCUUUCCCGGUCACUCAGUGCUUGAUGAAAAAGAACAGUGGGUGACUUUCAUCACCGACUCACCCAAGCCCCCACCUGAGAGGAUCACCUUUACUUUGCCUGUGAUCAACUCUGCCUCCAAUGUGGCUGUGGUUGUCACUGGUGGCAGUAAAGCAGAUGCUGUGCACUUAGUAGUUGAUGAUGUUGAGCCUGACCAUCCGUCAUUGCCUGCAAAGCUUGUCCAGCCAACCAAGGGGAAUUUGGUGUGGUUUCUGGACAAGGCAGCGGCAUCAAAACUCGACGGCACAAAAUUUUCGGAGUAGGGCCUGGCACGUCUUGUCUAAAGGCCUGGCACGACUUCUCUAAAUGUAUGUCUGUAUGUAGUGAAGGAUAUGGAACGUUGUUGAUUCACAUUUCCUCUAGGGAUCUGUCUUUUUCUGUUUCUUGUUUUAGACAGUUAAGAAGGAGCUCUUAGUCUUGGAUUAGUCUCAUCCUCAUUUUCUGGCCUGCAUACUUCUUGGAAGGGGUUUGUAAGUGUGAUUAUCCAUUUUGUUAGAGAAAGCAAUAAAAUGUUGGCUCUUGACACAAAA